AUGUUUUAUGUUAUUCUACUAUCCUACAUUGUAUGUGUCUUUGGAAAUAUUACUAUAACUAUCUUAGUUAGAACAUACCCUACGCUUCAAACUCCAAUGUACUUUUUUAUCAGCACAUUUUCUAUUUUAGAAAUAAUGUUUGUUUCGGUAACUGUUCCAAAACUUUUAGCCAUCCUAAUGAGCACAGAUGGAAGUAUAUCUGUCAUUGGUUGUUUCCUACAGGUGUAUACUUUCCACGCAUUAGGAGAAGCUGAAUGUUUUCUUCUUGCUCUGAUGGUCUUCGAUCGAUAUUUAGCUAUUAACAACCCACUGCAAUAUUCAAUUAUUAUGAACAGUAAAUUGUGUUCCCAGUUAGCUGCUCUUCCAUGGAUAUUUGGAUUCACAAUCUCUUUUAUUCCUGCAAUUGUUACAAUGCUUCUGGAAUACUGUGGUUCCAAUAAAAUUGAUCAUUUCUUCUGUGAUCUGGCUCCAUUGCAGAGAUUGGCCUGUUCUAACCUGUUUUUUAGCAACAUGACCACUGUUUUAGCAGCUUUCAUGUCAGUUAUUACUCCAUUUAUUUCAAUAGUUGUACUGUACAUUCAAAUUGUAUGUAUAGUCUUAAAGAUCAAAGGUAUUAAAGGAAAAAAAAAAGCUUUUUCAACAUGCUCAUCCCAUCUUAUUGUAGCAAGCUUUUUCUAUGGUACCGCCAUUGUUGUAUACAGCAGACCAAGCGGUAGUCACUAUGGCAGCUAUUAUGAUAAAUUCCUUUCGCUUAUGUACACUGUUGUCACUCCAAUGCUAAACCCCUUUAUUUACACUCUUAGGAAUACUGAAGUAAAAAAGGUUUUAAAAAAGUCACUCGGGACACUUCAAAAGAAGGUUUUGUGA